AUGACAACACGUACAUUAGCUUCAAUUGCCGCUUAGGGGCGUUGUUUCCCAAUAAGAGGUUUAAAAACACCUUAACACGUACCUUUUUCAUUGUAUGCCUAUAAAUUUGAAUAUUUUAAUUAAUCUCCUGAACUUGUUCUUCUUCCAAAAACUUAAUUACUCUUAAGACUUGCCUUUUCCCCCCUCCUCAAAUUAAAAGUACAUGUUCAGAGACUUGGAUGUACAAAAGAGAAUGGAAAACCAGAAAAUGAGCAUAUUUUUAUUUCAAAUAGAAACUGUAGAACCUAACAUUAAAAAAGUAAAAUUAAUAACAAAAAGUACGAUGCAUAAAAUUCUAAAAAUAAUAAUAAUAAUGACAAAAAAAUUGUUUAAGACGACAGCCGACUAUUUACUUUGGCCUGUCUUGUCUACAUCUACUUGGCAAUUGCGAAAAUAAUCACAAUAUUUUAAGGCAAAAACAUCAUUAAAUAAUGAAGUCUAGUCUUUUGUUCUCGUAAUAUCAAACCAACACAAAAUAGUUCUUCAAAAUCUCAAUAUAGCUGAUUCACAAGGUGUAAGUGUUCAUGUGGUGUCGGUGUUGACCUAAUAAAAGCCACCAAAACACCAUCAACAAGUUGGGCAUUGAAGCCAUUAAAGAGGCUGUGGGGUCCCCAUCUGCUCAUCUGAGCACCUUACAACCUCCACUGAAACCACAGGCACUCUGCAAGAGGUCGCGCAGCGCUGCAGGAGAUGCACAUGGUGGAGAUUAAAGAAGAGGAGAAAGGAGAGGAAGUCAGCUUGAAGAUAGCAAACCACAGAGGCUGUCAAGAAGUGAUGAAGGCGGCGUCAAGGUGCACAGACUGAAAGACGCCUCGGAAACGACAGCAAGGUCUGUGAGAACGGUGGAGAUUUUGGCUCAGUUCGAGAUGUUUGCCACAGCUGGAUGAAAAGGGGAAGCCCUGGCCUGAGACGCCUCGCUGAGUCGGACCUGCAGAAAUUGCAGAAGCGAGACCACCCACCGCCUGAUUUCUCACCUCAAAAACUAUAAUCCCGUCUACUUUCGAGGGGAAGAAGUACUGUACGUUACAGGGUGUGAGAGAGGCAGCCAAAGAGGAAGCAGCUCUGGCUGUUUUGUUUAACAAAUUAAUGAUGUUUUCGGAGGAAGAUUUCUCAGUUGAGCUGCAUGUGACCAGAUAGUAACGAGCGAAGAGAUCAUGAGGCUUGAGCACCGCUGGAUUGUCCUGAUUUGGUCCAUUUGGACCGUCCAGUUCCUCACCACUGAGGCUGACGAUGACGACUGCACAAUAGAACUGCAAGUUCGUCGGAACACGUUUUAUAAAGCGGGUCUUGGACAAGAACUCAGGAUUGAAUGUCCAGUUUUGUUCUGCAACAAUUUACCACCAAAAAUCUGCUGGUAUAAAGUUAAGGAAGAACAUAUUUGUCUCAAUUACAACAAUAGCAAUCACAUCAAGACAGAAUGGAAAAUAUUAAAUCCGUCAGAAGGGAUAUUCUACUUGUUAUUCCAAAGCCUCACCAGGAAUGAUUCAGGUGAAUAUCGGUGUGAAGGUGGAAGCAGUGUGAGUCACAGCAUCUUCAUCGAUGUUUAUGAAAUGGACACAAAUGACACAAGUAAAACAAAAACCAAUGACACAAACGACCAAUCCAAAACCGAAGCGGACAAAUUUUUGAUGUACAUGUACUCCGCUGCUGGGAUUGGUUCCUUUGUCAUCAUAGUGAUUAUUAUUUCUGUGAUAUGCAUGCGAGGGUGCAAAGAGAAGUCAAAGACGGAGAAACAAGAAGAAAAUCAGUACAUGGCGAUGCCAUUUGAUGAGCGACCCGUCCCAAAUGCCACCAGGAUGCAGCACUCACCAAGAGGGAGCCCCAACCUGCCGCCACCUCGCAGGCCCAGCGGGAGAAAAACCACAGGGCAACCUGCGGAGCCGGCGCCAUCGAGAGACAACCAGCCGCCUUACAGCCAGAGGACACGAGACAGAAACAGGAAUGGGGCGCAGGCGGAGGAAGCAGGUUCUGUUGUGUAUGCUGCUCUUAACCAUGCACCCCCACAGAGGGAGGCUCCCCGGCCACAGAGGGAAAUAGAGGAGACCGAGUAUGCAGCUAUACGUUUGGUUUGACUGAGAGUCUGCUGGAAUAAAUCACACUAGAGGAAUAAAGUCUGAAUCUGGAUCUUCCUCUCCAGAGGAGCACAGGAGGGAUUCCUCACAGCAAGGAUUCUGGAAUCAAAACAACUCAAAUCCUGACUUCCUUUACCUUUCGGAAACACCGAUCUUACAACAGAACAUGCUGACGGAUUCACUUUAAGCGUAAUACGUCAUCGGCAUCACAAACUGGAUGUGUGGUUUCUACUGUUCUGCUUGGGAUGGAAAAUGUUCCAGCUGAAAUCAAGAACAUCAGCGUCACUGCAGGCGGCAGCCUACGGAGUAAAAAGCACGUUUCACAUCCUUCAUAAGUAAAACCAAUAGGAAAUGAACCAUGUAACUUUUUUAUGAUUGUUUGACAAAAGGACUUCAACAUUUGCCUCAUUUUCUUUAGUCUGCACUUUGUUUGAAGACCCUUUUCCUGCCCCUUGGUGCUUUACAAGAAGUACACCACAAUGGCUAAAUAAGAUGAAUAAGUAGGUUAUCCCACCCGUUCAGGCACAAGAGAACAGAUACAGAAAUCAGUCAGCGUUUCCUCACCAACUCAGUCCACAGAAAAUGUCUAAACCACCACAGUAGAGUUGAUGGAGCUAGCAAACCCAAACCGCGUAGCUAAACACACGCUAGCUAGUUGGUACCACUAGAGACUAAAAGCUUAUUUUGUAACCAUGUCUAAUUUGCUUAUAGACAAUGUUAUUAUCUUUUUUGUCUUCCUCCACCAGUAAUUUAAGACCUAAAAAAGUAUGCUAUUCUCUGUCGUUAGCGAGUAGCAAACACAAAGCUAAAAGACACCAAACAACAAAAAGUUACCACAUUAUUAUUUGUGCUUCAAGAACAUCAACAGGUCGUUUUAUUUUGCUUUCUUAAACUGGAACCAUUAAGUCACACACAAGCUAAAAGACACGUUUCGGAAAUAAUUGAUAUUCAGCAGGUAGCUUGAAUGAGAACUAGAAAAAACGUAGUGAUUUGGCUAAUUAUAUCAGGCAUUUAGAUAAAAAAAAAAACAGAUAAAAUGUGCAAAAUUCAGAACCUUUUAAUGCCAUAAGGUACAAAAAAGUGAUAUAUUCACAUUCAAAUUAAAAACUUCUUUAUUGAUCCCUAAGGGAAAUUAAAUUAAAUAUGUAGCGUGUUAAUGCAUUAGGUGCUGGUCAAUUCAAACUUUUGCAAGUUUGGUCAUUUUGAUCAGAUUUGAAAAGAUUUGUCUACCACAGGAUUAUGUUAUUUCUAUUAAUAAUCUAAUACUACAGCGUAAGCUCAAAAUUGUUUGUAGCCCAACAUAUUUACCCAGCAUGCUUGUUGUCUACAAUUUAUGAAAACGCUUAGAGAAUUAAACUGACAAACAUUGGAAAAGUACGAGUGCAAAAUUGUGGAAGUAGGCAGGAAUAAAAUAUAAAUUAAGGACAUAGAUUGGCAAAACGGUGAGUUGAUCUGGAAACUUCUUAACUGGCAAAAUUAAAAUAUAAUUAGGUUUAUUUCAUAUUAACCCAACAUUGUAAUAUCCAGUUUACAAACUUUCCUACAGAAACAUCAAAUUCGUAUUUUCAUUCAAUGUAUGUUUUUCUUGCUCUGCUACGAGGUACAAGUACAGGCGUUACUUGGACUCUUUCCUCAAAUAUGAAACUAAGUUUUUUUGUGUGACAAUCAAGCAGUAAUUCAGAUCUUUGACAAUAAUGAAUGCAAUUACAGUCUACAAACUGAGCAUGUAAACUAUAAUGUGUGAUAUACUGUAUACAAGGGGAAGCAGAAACAUUUCUCUUCUGAAUGUUUUGCACGUAUUGCACGAGUAAAUACUGAUUUUAUUCCAUGUGCAUGACUUGAAAUCACUAUUUGGAAAAAUUUCAGUCAUUUCUGGUACUGUAGCCUCGGUCGUUAUCAGAUGAGUCAUUUUCUGACUUUCACCGUGACUGAAAAUUUUAUUCUGAUUACUGAUUGUGAUUCUUUGGAAAGGUAGAAUGUAAUCCUAAUCACUGUGUGCAAUGAAAUGAUGCCUAUCUAAAAAAAAAAUCUGGAUUUAAUCUUGUGAAUUUGACUCUUUUUUUUGUGUGAUAAUUCUGAGUAUUUCCCUAAAAAAAAAAUUCCCAACACAGAUGAACUGAAGUUAAAUGAAAUGUGUGGAGAAAAGAAAAGUCUCUUCCUGUAACGACAUCAAAGCUGGUAGAUUCACAUUUACUGGAGGAACCGUCUACCCAAAGACCCCCGUAAUCAAAAACAGGAAGUAAAGUCGACCGCAAGCGACUUUCUGUAAAAUUCUGAACGCAGUCAGGCUUUACUGAAGUGGAUCGUUUCUCAGGUGCUCGACAUGAAACCUUACAGCUAUAAAGUCCUGUUUUAUGUCUUGGUCCUAGUGGUACUCGGUGGCACUCAGGAUGAUAACAGUAAGUUAUUAUUACUACAGUAAUCUAUAUUACAUUUAUUAUAUAUUACAAAAUCAUUCAUUUUGACUUUGUCUGUGUAAAUAUUUCAGAAAAGUAGACAUCAUGAAAGAGCAAAUUGCACCUCAAAAUAUUACAGAGCAAUAUUUUCAUACCGCCGUACUUAUUUAUUGUAUAAUAUACAGACGUGUUUCAGGCUAUGUAGUAGUUUUUAGUUCAUAUUUUCCUUUUUUUUUUUAAAUUUUCUUUCUUAAUUUGCACAAAUUGAGAAAUGUCGUUAAAAAUAAAGGGCAAAAGCAAGUGGAAAUCUGCUUUUCUGACAUUCUGAAGCACAACGAAUGUGAAAAGCAACAGAAAACGCUCAACUUAAAGAGCCAGUUCAACGUGGAAAUUCCUAAAUAUUAAAUGUUACCAACUUUAAGCUUUUUAAUUCAUGUUUUAAGUGACAAAAACUUGAAACCAUAGGAUGCGCUGUGGGUUUCUGCAGCGCGUUGUGACCUCAAUUUGGUGGACACAGCUGCUGCAUCGCACCUGUCGCCGAUACGUGGCUUUUAAUACUGAGGUUGAAGAAGCAGCCAGGAAUCUUUUAUGAUUCAACCUUUUCCUGCAAACUCCAAAACUGAAAUAAAAGCGCAACAAAUAAUUAUAGACUUUCGUUUAAGUGACAGAAAGUCAAAACCUCUCAUCUCCUGACAUCUUUGCUCAUUCUUCCCAAAGUAAUUCGAGGAGGGUGAGGUUGGUUGGACUAAGAUUUUUGUAAACAUAAAGUCUUAACAAAAAAUUCCGAUUGACUUUAUCUCUGGACUUUGACUGGGCCAUUCUAAGUCAUGAAUGUGUUUGGAUUUAAGCCUGUCCAGCACAAUUUUUCAGCCUCUAUAGCAGGUUUUUCUCCAUGUAGCUCCAUCAACCUUCCAAUCAAACCUAAUCAAUUUCCCUGACCAUGUUUAAGAGGAACAUCCCACAGCCUGAUGCUGCUCCCACCAAAUUAACGAUGUGCAGUGUAAGAUUUCCUUUCAAAUUCAGUGUAGGUUUCGCGUUAUCAUGUGGAAAUGAGACUUUAUUAUUUUUUUAACUGAGGGUAUCAGGUUACAGGGAGCUAAGCACAAAUCCGCGCCACACUUUUCAGAUUGAAGCACAUCUGAACAUAUGCGCCGUUCUCCUUCCUUCUUGUGAUUGUUUACUUUCUUCUCUUUUCUUGCAGAGAAGCCGACCAAUCUGGAGAUGUUCAAACAUUACAUGAUCCGCAUUUUGGUCAUUAAGAUUUUUGUCACCAUCGUCAUUCUUAUGUUCGUAAAAUCCCGUUGUGUGAUUGAAGGUAGGAGUCUGGAUAUAAAAAUACGGGUGACUGAUUUGUAUCUGAAAGCUGUAAUUCAUUGAACUUUGUAUCCGUUCUGCAGACAAAGGCCAGACAAAAGAAGAUUAUGGUUUUUUGUCUUCCCGUCACAUCUAUGAAAAUGAAUCGACUCUUCAUAAAUGAGUAGAUGAACAUCUACUCAUGUUUGACCUGAGUGGAGCUUUUAUAGAACAGCUUCUUGCUUUUGUGAUCCUGAACUGCUGUAAGCCAAACGGCAGAGAAGUGAAAGUGAAACUGUGAGGCAGAUUUUGUUUACUGUAUAAAGAAUAGUGAGACAGAAGACAGGUAAUAGUCAUGUUUCCUGUACAGGUAACACAUCUGCACACAUCCUGUAUAAAGGUUACGUUCACAAGACACUGCCUAGAAUACUAGAGUUCUGUGUUUUCAUCUUCCUUUCUUUUAUUUAUUUAUGAUUAAAUAAGCUUUUCUUCUUGGGUAGAUGUAUGUUUUGAAAGGAAACUAAUUUCACCCAUCAUGACUGUUUUCAUUGUACCCAAAGUAUUAGUUGUACAUUCUGAAAUAUUUGAAAUAGGCAGCCAUGUCAUGACUUAUCAUUUUUAUUUGUGUUCCGCAAACAAUUAUUCACGAUUAGAGUCUCAGAUU